AUCGGAUGUAAACAACUGCACAAGUGGUAGGGGAACGACCUGUGCGAAGAAAGGCUGAUACUUAAUGUGCGUUUGACUUGUUCUCAUUGAGUUAGCGUGAAUUUUUCAAGAUGACGAAACCAUUGACUGUCUUGAAAAGUGUUGGCCCAAAGCUAGUACCAUUCUUCAAAACAUUGGCUAUCUUUUUUGUGCUUUUUGGAGAAGAGGCCAAGUAUGGAUCUAUCUUCUUCUGCAUCAUCAAAUGUUUACCAGUGAUAUCACUGAUAUUGUUUGUGUUACUACACGGCAUGAGUUUGUCCGAGCACUACUCAUAUUCCAGGAGAAUUCUCACGGGCCUCAUCUUUGCUUGUCUGGGGGAUAUCUUUCUUGUCUGGAAAGAUAUGUACUUUGAACAUGGAAUCCUGAUGUUUGCUGUGGCACAGAUUUUGUAUGCCUCUGCAUUUGGGUGGUCUCCAUUCAACCCGUACGCUGGAUCUGUGCUGGGAGCCAUAGGUGCGGUUGUGUACUACUACCUACAGCCUGCUUUAGAUGGGCCAAUGGUAUACCUGGUGGGGAUGUAUGUCGUCCUGAUCUCCACCAUGGCAUGGCGGGCCAUUGCCCGUGUGCAGUUUUUUGAUGACCUGUGGACCUGGACCAAACUCUGCGGCUGUGCUGGAGCUCUGCUCUUCAUGACUUCUGACCUCGUCAUCGCCAUUGAUAAGUUCCUCUUCAUGGUGCCAUUUGCCCAUCAGAUUGUCAUGCUGACCUACUAUGCUGCUCAGUUUGGAAUUGCGCUGUCUGUCGUGGACAGUCAAGUGGACUCAGUAAUGAAGAAAACCAAGUCUAAGAUCAACAGUGUUAUGUAAACACCCCCCCCCCCCCCCCAAAGCUUAGAUGAUGGGUCAAAGGUUAGUUCUGACCCCAUCUUGGGCGGUAUUACUGUUUUUACUUGUGGUAAAUUCCUUCAGUGGUGCCAUUGUCAAGUGCUUUGUGUUGUCCAAGUUGCUGUAUGCAUUUUCUGUACCCUUGAUGGUGUUACUUUACCGGGUUGGCAGUAAUGUGUACAUGUAGGUAUGUGUAGUCCCUGGGCUAGAGUUUAGCUGUUGGGUACAGAUGUUGGUAUUAUGGACUAAGAAAUGAGGUCAAGUUGACCAGCUGUUGAGUGAGAACGCUAUGGAGGAACUUAUCCUAUGGUUCCCCCAACACUGUGGAUAGUUCACUCUGCAUCCCUUUGAAGCAGCUGUGUAGAGAGAUGAACAUCCAAGGAUAGUAGACAUAAGCAGGUUUGUACUGAAUAACAUGUAGUUGGCUGUUCUGGCCAGCUGAUCAACAUGGGGUCACGGCCUACUAGGUACAUGUACAUUAGUGAGGAAAUCUGCUCUGUUAAUAAUGUAAUGUCCUCAGACUCAAGGUUUCGUUUUCUUCACAAGCACUUUUUGCUCCUUAACAUUCACCAAGAUUAAGAGUAGUUUUGUUAUAUUACUGUUAGUUUGUUCAGUGUGACUGUCCUGCAGUACUGUCAGUUGAAUAUAUGGUAAUGUUAAUGGUUCUGGUGACUUUGAUGAUUACUUAUACUUAAGUACAUGUGUAAUUUCAGUUGCAUACAAGUACAUGAGCAUGUAGGUUCAACCCAUCUUUCAGUGAUUAAAAGAGGACUUGUACAUCAGAUUUGGUUGAAAAUACCUGUGUGAUUAUCUAUGCUGGUUACAGUUAGUGCACCUUCCAGUCAUACAGUAUAUUUCUUGCAGGAUUGAAGAAAAAAAAGAAAAAAAAACACAAAAAUGUGAUGUGAUAUAUAUUAGGACAAGUGAUAUCUGACCUGUCCAUUUGAUUUGAUGUUUUGCUGAGUUGAUUAUGUGAAACCCUGGACAAGCAUUUACACAUGGACAUUCCUGAUCUUCAGGGGAUCAUUGCUUGUUGGCUGACAAUGGAGAUAGGAUUUCUUGGGUUAAAAACAUCAGCCUUGGUCCUGUUUGAAUAAGUGUACAGUGCCGAAAAAUUAAGCUUUGAUAAGCUGGAUGCCUAUCUCACCCACCAGGUUCGUCUAAUCAGCAAUGAUUCCAUAUCCCUUUAACACUACAGUUGAAAACGAAGCCUGAUUCUGAAAUUGAGGCUAUUGAGAUUAUUGUGUCACACGACCAGCGUGGUUACAGCCAAAGAUUUGUAAGGUUAUAUCCUAGAGAUAAACCUGUGUAUUGCCAUUAUGUUGUCUUUCACCAGUUUCACAGUUUUAUUGUUGUUCAUGUCAUGAAAGAACAGUUAUGUCAAGUCACCAUUGGUUGAUUUUAUUGCAAUAUUUUGUACAUACAGCUGAUGACCACAAGCUUGUCAAAGUUACCUGUAUAUUUAAAACCUGUCACGCUCUAGUCUCAACCUACCUGACAUUGCUCCCUUACCACAUAACAAGCAGUUGUUCAGUUUAAACCAUAGAAAGAUGUUCAGUUUGGAGUUUCCUGAUAAGGGGAAAAAAUUCAGGGAACCAAUACACAUACAAACAUGUAUAUGUAUGUACAUCUAAUAGCUAUGUUUACAAGAAUAUGGGACAAUUGAAAAGGCCAUAAGUACUUUGACAAAUCGUAAAACUUUUUACCCAGGUUUGUGUCAUCAUCAGGCCAAGGUCAUGUGAUUUACAAGAACUGAGGUAUGUAGCAAAAAAGAUGGACAAGGUUUAAUGAACAUAGGGCCUGUAACAAGUUAGGAAAAAAAACUUAAAAUGUCAUUACAAUUUUUCACAAAUUCAUUAGAUUGUUCAUGUCAGUAACAUUGUGUACCAAAAAGGUAAUUUUGUCUUAUUUACAAUCAUGAUAUUUGAUAUAGCGACAUUUUUGUUUUGAAUUGAUCCUGUUGGAUAUUUGUCAAUGCAAUGUCAAUGCAACAUGUUGAGGACCAUAACUGAGUCAGUGAAAUCUCUGCUCUGUUUAAAUGUUCUCGUCUUUUGUUUUUCUUUUUUAAUUUAUUACACUUUGGAAUUGGGAGUAGUGUCUUUAGCAAUCUCUAUCCAUGUAUGUGCUACUCAUUUGCUUUGGUUGUCUAUAACAAAAUUAUUUUUUAGGAUUAUUUUGUUUUGUGGACAUUCUCAACUGAAAGGUUUUUUUCUUCAACCAGAAAUGUGCUUCUGUUACUUAUAUCAGCCACUGUACAUAGCACCUUGACCAGACCUCUUACAGACACAGUCUCUCUCUGACACACCAGUAGGAAAUAUCAACUUUCUAGUUACGUGGGGGCCUCCACGGCAGAGUUAGUAGGAGCAUCUUAUCAAUGCGGUCAAUGUGCGGGUGGUUGUGGGUUCCCCCCGGGCUCUACCCAGUUUCCUCCCACCAUAAACCUGGUCGCUGUCGUAGAAGUGAAAUAUUCUUGAGUACGGCAUAAAACACCAAUCAAAUAAAUAAAUAAAUAUCAAUGCAGUUGCUGCAAUUACAAGCUGUUGGCUUGUCUUGCCGUGACUUAAUGCCCACCUUCACUCAGCCAGUUUGGCCUUAUCAUCCAAAGGGAGCUAAUCUUGUGUGGCUCAUGAAACAAACUAUUCUGAUAUGACAUACAGAAUGAUAUAAUAUUCCAGACUUGCAGAUCUAUGUGUGGGCAAUGAUGUACUAUUCAGACCAUUUGCACUUCUCUGUGUGUGCUUUAUUGAAUAAUUUAGACACGAACAAAACCCCAAAUGCCUUUAAUUACAGUUUAUCUAGAAACAUUAUUAAACAUUAAUGUUAUUGACUGAUUAUUUGGUUUUGCACUUUAUAACAUGCCAGUAUGCUUGGAACAAUAAUUGUUGUUACUAUCUGUGGUUCCACCACUAAAGUACAGUGUAGUACAUUCAGAUCGCCUUGUGUUUAACAAGAGUGUAUUGUGGAUAUAUGGAAGGAAAUUUAUGAAAACGAAAUGAUUGUUAAAUCAGUGAGAACUUGUCAAAUGUUUAUUAAGUUUUAUUGUAAUCCACUUGCCAAAGUGUGCCAUUAAUAAAAAAAGUCCUGCACAUCAUAAACACCUGAACCAUAUUAAUUGUUCUCUGAUUGAGAAAAAAAAAGGAUCAUGGUUGAUUAACUUAGUUUUUAUUUGCAUAAGUGCUUGCCAUAGCAUUUUUUGACCAGUAUUUUCAUGUACAAAAGGUUAUUUAUGACUUAGUUGUAGAAUGUAUUCAAAUAUUGAUCUGAUAUGGUAAAGCGGGGUAUGGUUUGCAACAAUAUCAUAUAUAGACAAAGAGUGUAAUGCUUGGACACGUGUGAUUGCAGGGUACAUGUAGCUUAAAUACAUCAGAUGAUUCAUCGGGCUUGGCAUGCACCUGUGUUUUGUGUGAUGCCGUUGUGGUAUUGUGUUUUCCAAGACUUACGCUGACUUUACAUUUAUGCCCUGUAGGCAUGUGUAUAUGUAAAUACAUGUAUUUGUACGGGCUCUACAUACGGUAUCAUAGCAUUACAUUUUUCUCUUAUGAUCGAAUGAUGUAUAUUUUUUAUUCACUCCGUGGUAUGAAAUGAUUACAUGUUUACAUGUAUUUUUUCUCUCUCUCUUUCUCAAGUGUAGCACACAUGAUAUGGAAGUAUAUAACCUGAUUCUUGUCAGUCUUCCACCAUGAAUUCCAACGCAACUCCUGUUAUAUUUACAUUGUGAGUUGACCUCUGUUAGUAAUAUUGUCAUAUAAAUGUCAUAAAUAAAGGUUUAUCUGAUCUGA